UUUCUUCUUUGAUUUAAUCAUCAUCAUCUUCUUCUACUUUGUCUUUCCGGGAUUUCUAAUUCGGAAGUUAAGUAGAACAAACUGUACCACCUCCUUCGAGCAGAACUGAACAAACGGUGAAUAUCAAACUGGUCUUCUUGAACAUCUACCUCACGACAUGGAUGAUAUGCACUGCAAAAGUAUCGUAUUGGUCCUAAUUGCAGUUGUGCAUUACAAAUUUCUUUUUCAAGCUAAAUCAGCAUCACAAAUUCCAUUUGUCAUGCUGAGCCAAUUUGUAUUGCAAUACUACGAGCGCGAUACUUUUGCAGUGCAUAGACGAAAUAAGGCAGCAACAAUCUUUUCACAACUACCAGCAACUCAACCUAAAUUUCUUCUUCAACAGCACCGAAAAAGGAAAAACGAGAACACCAAAUCGACGACGACGUCACUGUUAUUUUACUGUAUCAGGAACAACAGACCGGCUUCUUGUUACAUCACGACAUCUACAUCAAGGAAAGACGUCUUCUUCGAAAGCAGGAACGUCGACGUCGGCACUUCGAGAUCUAACGACAAGUAGACCACGACGACGCGGAAAAUAUAACGACCUCUUCUUCAACUUUAUAUCAACUACAACUAAUAAAAACGAAUGUAUUUGUAUUCUCUUUCUUCAGCACGGGAUAAGGAUUUUUUCUCCAAGUUCAACUACAGCGGGACGACGAGGAACCAUGCUGCAUUAA